AUGGAGGGUCUCUUUUUUAAUACGAACGGCGGUUUUGUUGAAGGCAUUGUCCGAGGGUAUCGGAAUACACUCUUGACUGGCCAGAGCUACUCCAACCUGGUACAAUGCGAGACGAUCGACGAUGUGAAACUGCAGCUUGGGCCGGCAUACGGUGACUUCCUUGCCUCUCUUCCUCCGAAUCCCUCCACAUCUGCCCUUGCGGGCAAGAUGACCGAUAAGCUGGUGUCCGAAUUUCGCUACCUUGUCGCCCAGUCAGUAGGCUCGACUGCCAAGUUCCUUGAAUACUUGACCUACGGUUACAUGAUCGAUAAUAUUGCCCUUCUCAUUACUGGGACCUUACAUGAACGGGACACACGAGAGCUCCUGGAGCGAUGUCACCCUUUGGGCUGGUUCGAGACUCUGCCCGUCCUUUGCGUUGCAUCCAAUAUUGAAGAGCUCUACAACUCGGUUCUGAUCGAAACCCCUCUUGCGCCAUACUUCAAAGGCAGUCUCAGCCAUCAGGAUCUGGACGAACUUAAUAUCGAAAUUGUGCGCAACACCCUCUACAAGAACUACUUGGAAGACUUCUACAAUUUUGUUCAAACCCACCCAGACUUCUCCGGCCCAACACGAGAAGUCAUGUCUGAGAUCUUACAAUUUGAGGCAGACCGUCGCGCCAUCAACAUUACUCUCAACUCCUUCGGCACCGAGCUGUCCAAACAGGAACGGAGGAAGCUGUACCCCGAGUUUGGAAACCUAUACCCGGAGGGUAGCUUAAUGCUCUCGCGGGCCGAUGAUAUUGAGGGCGUCGCCCUGGCUGUCAGCGCUGUAUCUGAUUACAAGAGCUUCUUUGACGCCGUAGGGCUGAGCCAAGGCGGCGGUAGUAUGGGUGGUAUGGGAGGUGGCCCCGCGGACGGAAAGAGUCUGGAAGACCUCUUCUAUCAAAAAGAGAUGGAGAUGUCAAAGAUGGUCUUCACUCGCCAAUUCACCCCGGCGGUGGUUUACGCUUGGAUGAAGCUGAAGGAGCAGGAAAUUCGCAAUGUGACGUGGAUCUCGGAAUGCAUUGCUCAGAACCAAAAGGAGAGGAUCGGGAACUUCAUCUCUGUCUUCUAA